UAAAAAAGUAAGCAUCAAUACACACAGUUUUGAGACCUGUGCAGAGCGUUUUAGUAAAAAUAUCUGCGUGUAAACGAUUCUUGCAGAUAUUUAUGCUAUUUGGAAAAACUACUUUCAUGUUUGGCUGGUUGGUGUCUUGUACACUUUUUUAUGUUCCUGACCGUGCAUAAGUUGCAGCAUAACAAAUAAAUUCGAAAUUAUUUCACCAUGUCCAGCAGGGGAAGUGAAAAUAAGACGAAAGGGUUUGGAUUUUCUGGUUUCACCAUUUCCAAGAAAGAAGAUUCAACAGCAAGCCAGUCAGGUUUAGGGGGAAUGCCCAGUGGAGGAUCAAAAUUCAUGCCCGGUCGAUCAUUUGGUUACCACACAAACAUUGGCAAGAAGAGAGCAAGAAAUGAAGACGAGUAUUUUGAGGAGGAGGAUGAAGAAGACAACAUGGCCUACCAGCCUGCUCCUGGAAGUCCAGGCGAAGAGAAGAAUGAAGAGAGCGAGGAAGAAGACCCACUGGAUGCAUUCAUGGCAGAUAUUGAAACUGAAGUGAAGUGUCAACAACCAAAGGAAUCAACAAUCAAAGAAAAACCCAAAGAAAAGAAGAAAGAAAAAGGCGUUCGUGAUGACAUUGAUCAGGAAGAUGACCAAGAAUCAUUUUUUCGGUACAUGGAGGAAAAUCCGCUAGCAGGUGUUGUGUUUGAUGACGAUGAAACUGUCAUAGAAUACGAUGCUGAGGGUAACCCAAUUAUACCCGAGAAAAAUAAAAUAAUCGACCCCCUGCCUCCAGUGGAUCACAGUGAUAUUGACUACGGACCGUUUGUGAAAAACUUUUACGUAGAACAUGAAGACAUUGCCAAGUUACAACCAAAUGAAGUAGAUGAACUGCGUAAAAAACUAGGGAUAAGGGUAUCGGGCUUCAAUCCUCCAAAGCCAGUGUCUAGUUUUGCUCACUUUGGUUUUGAUGAAAAUUUGAUGAGCGCAAUCAGAAAAUCGGAGUUUUCACAGCCCACACCUAUACAAGCCCAGGGAAUUCCGCUGGCUCUUAAUGGUCGUGACAUCAUAGGUAUAGCAAAGACAGGAAGUGGUAAAACAGCGGCAUUUUUGUGGCCCUUGCUGGUUCAUAUCAUGGACCAGCGAGAACUUGAAGAGGGAGAGGGACCAGUAGGAUUGAUUCUUGCCCCAACCAGAGAAUUGUCUCAGCAGAUAUACCAUGAAGCCAAGAAGUUUGGUAAGGUGUACAAUAUCAAUGUGGUGUGUGCGUACGGUGGGGGCAGCAUGUGGGAGCAGACCAAGGCAUGCCAGGAGGGGGCGGAGAUUAUUGUGGCCACGCCCGGUCGACUGAUUGAUCUAGUAAAGAAACGAGCCACCAAUCUAGAGAGGGUGACGUACCUGGUGUUUGACGAAGCUGACCGAAUGUUUGACAUGGGAUUUGAGCCUCAGGUUCGUUCCAUUGCUAACCACGUGAGACCAGACAGGCAAACUAUGCUGUUCAGCGCAACAUUCAGGAAGAAAGUGGAAAAGUUGGCCAGGGACAUCUUACUGGAUCCUGUCCGAGUUGUACAGGGGGAGGCAGGGGAGGCAAAUGAAGACAUCACUCAAGUAGUAGAAGUUCUCCCUCUGGGACCGGCCAAAUGGACGUGGUUAAUAAAACGCCUGGUGGAGUUCACAACAAUUGGGAGUGUGUUGAUAUUUGUAACAAGGAAAGCUAAUGCUGAAGAGUUGGCUACCAACCUCAGGGCCAGGGAUUUUAAAAUUGGUCUCCUGCAUGGUGAUAUGUCUCAGAUGGAGAGGAAUGAUGUCAUCACCACAUUCAAGAAGAAAGAGAUUCCAAUAUUAGUGGCCACCGAUGUAGCAGCUCGAGGUCUGGAUAUUCCCUCCAUUAAGACGGUUGUUAACUAUGAUGUAGCCAGGGAUAUAGACACACAUACACACAGGAUAGGCAGAACGGGACGUGCAGGAGAGAAAGGUUUUGCGUACACACUGGUCACAGAGAAGGAUAAAGAUUUCGCCGGACAUCUUGUUCGUAACUUGGAGACUGCCGGGCAGCAUGUUCCCCAUGCUCUACUGGAGCUAGCAGAAAAGAAUCCAUGGUUCAAGAAAAUCCGAGGAAAGCAGGGAGGAAAAGGGAAGAAAUUAAACCUCGGGGGUAAAGGUCUCGGGUUCAAGGAGAGACCUGGCCUUGGGGCAGAGAGUAGUACCAAAGUGCAGGACUCCUCAAGUCUGAGCAGCUACCGAGGAAUCGGUACAUCAGCCGGACCCCAGAGUGACCGACUGUCCGCCAUGAAGGCUGCCUUCACUGCCCAGUUUAAAUCCAACUUUGUCGCUGCCGAGUCAACAAGCAUGCCGAAAGUAGAACCCGGUGUUUAUAAUCCCAUUAACAGCAGUAGUAGAAAGAAGAAAAGUCGAUGGAAUUAGCACCAAUUUCUGAACCAUUUAUACACAUGUACUGUAACUAGGUCAUUUGAGAAUGCUGUUGAAAACUAGGCCAAGUCCAGCAUAGCAUUUGGAACUAAACCAACAGCAGUAUGAAACAACACCCUGAGCAUGCAGUAUGGAACUAGGCCACAAGCUGUGUAAAACCAAGAAAAACACCAGUUUAAUAUUUAUACAUGUGGCUCACAGCUCACUGCACUUUUCCAGUGUCUGAAUCUUUUGUGUGAAUUUUGAACGAGAAGCAGUGAUGGAGCCCAAACAAGCAGGUGGGUAUGAUAAGGUCCAGUGAUGGUUGGCUACAUGGCAAGCAGUAACAGAUCUUCAUUAGAAUUAAAUUGAAAAUAUAGACAUUUACAUAUGCAGCUGAAAAUAUAGACAGUUUACAUAUGUAGCUGCUCUAAUGCUAAAACUAAUUAGUCCAUUCAUUCAUCUGUGUUCAUUUUUUAGCUGUCAAAGUCAUUUUUUUAAUAAUAUUGUUUUAAAAAUACCAGAUUAUCAUAGAGUUCAUUUCUACUGUGUGUUCCUUUUUUUGCCAUGAUGCUAUGUGUUAUAGAAGUUAUGUUUUGUUUAUUUCAUUAGACAAUUACAUGUUUAUGUGUGCUGCUCUCCUGUUCUCUGUGAAUAUGUGAAUUACAUGUACCUAUGUAAAUUACAUGUAUGGCUAUGAAUAAACUUGCUGUGUGAAUUUUUUUUUUAAUUCUAGGUUGAGCAUGCAUCUUUUAAAUCAAUAAUUAGUACCGGUACUCUAAAUUUGAGACUUUUGAAAAAAAUAAAUUUUUCUUAGCAUGUGUGUGUAUAAUUACUGUUUCCUUUGUUUGUUACUUGAUAAUGUUACUGUGUACAUUAAAAGGCCCUGGAUUAUCAGAUUCUACAAAGCAAAAACCCAGAGAUACAUGUACUUGCAUUAACAGUUUGAAUUCACAGAGAGAAAAAAUAUAUUUUGAUAAAAAUGUAGAGAUUUAUUAUUGAAAAAAAGUUUUUUUUUAUAAGACUAAGUCUUUAUUGAAUUUUUUUUUUUACUUAUGGCUCAUAAUGAAUUAAUAAUAAAUUAAUAAUAAGUAAUAAAUGGAGUUAUUUGCU